AUGUUCAUGCAUUUGGAGGUUUUCUACUACGUUUUCAUUCUCCUGGCUCACAUGAGGUCUUACUGCUGCUGGUCAGUGAAUAAUUUCUUGAUGACUGGACCCAAGGCGUACCUGAUCUACUCCAGCAGCGUGGCAGCAGGAGCCCAGAGUGGCAUAGAGGAGUGCAAAUACCAGUUUGCAUGGGACCGCUGGAACUGCCCUGAGAGAGCUCUGCAGCUGUCCACGCACAGCAGCCUGCGCAGCGCAAAUCGGGAGACUGCAUUCGUUCACGCCAUCAGCUCGGCUGGAGUCAUGUACACUUUAACCAGGAACUGCAGUCUUGGAGACUUUGACAACUGCGGCUGUGAUGACAGCAGGAACGGACAGCGAGGCGGUCAUGGCUGGCUCUGGGGCGGCUGCAGUGACAAUGUCGGCUUUGGCGAGGCCAUCUCCAAGCAGUUUGUCGAUGCCUUGGAGACUGGGCAGGAUGCGCGGGCGGCUAUGAAUCUCCAUAAUAACGAGGCUGGACGCAAGGCAGUGAAGGGGACCAUGCAGAGGACAUGUAAGUGCCACGGGGUUUCAGGAAGCUGCACCACUCAGACCUGCUGGCUGCAGCUGCCAGAGUUCAGGGAGGUGGGGAACUACUUGAAGGAGAAGUACCACAGGGCCCUGAAGGUGGAUCUCCUCCGAGGAGCCGGGAACAGCGCGGCCAGCCGGGGGGCCAUCGCUGAGACCUUUAGCUCCAUCUCUCGCAAGGAGCUGGUCCACCUUGAAGACUCCCCCGAUUACUGCCUGGAAAACCGCACCCUGGGCUUGCCGGGCACGGAGGGCCGCGAGUGCCUAAAGAAGGGCAAGAGCUUGAGCAAGUGGGAGAAGCGGAGCUGCAAGAGGCUGUGUGGAGAGUGCGGGCUGGCCGUGGAGGAGCGCAAAGCCGAGAUGGUGUCAAGCUGUAAUUGUAAAUUCCACUGGUGCUGUGCGGUGAAGUGUGAGCAGUGCAGAAAGACAGUGACCAAAUACUUCUGUGUUAAGAAAGGAGGUCAGAGGGGAAGGAACGAGAGCGCCAGCAGCCGCCGGAAGAGCCUCAGACUGAGGAAGAAGCACUGA